ACCGUUCUCAAAGAGUAGUAGUGGAUGGUGUGGCAUCUCAAUGGGCACCCGUUACAUCCGGAGUGCCACAAGGUAGUAUUUUAGGACCAAUGCUCUUUGUGGUGUUCAUUAAUGAUCUUCCUGAUUCUAUACCAGACAAAACAACUGCUGCUUUAUACGCAGAUGAUACUAAGUUGUACAGAAGCAUCGUAUCAGUAGCUGACUGCGAAGAUCAACAGCAGGCUCUGAAUAACCUUGAUACAUGGAGCAGUGUCAAUAACCUUAAAUUUAAUGCAUCUAAAUGCAAGGUGUUGACCGUGACAAGAAAGAGAAGUCCAAUAUUACACACUUACCAACUCGGUUCUAAGGAACUGCUUCGUGUGGGGCAAGAAAAAGAUCUCGGUGUUACUUUAACUAGUAACCUCUCUUGGGACACCCAUAUUAACGUUAUCGUCGCCAAAUCCAACAAGCUGCUGGGUUUAUUAAAGAGAACUUGUCCCUUGUUGACGGACGUUAAAGUUAGACGUACGCUGUAUCUGUCACUCGUUAAAUCACAAGUCAGCUACGCCACAGAAGUUUGGUCUCCAGUCAACAUACAUCUCAAAUCAAAGGUUGAGAAAAUUCAAAGAAGAGCUACCGCUUGGAUUCUGA